AUGCUUAUAUUCUUGCUUUUAUUGAACAGAUUGGCACCUUUUCAGAUGAUCAAUGAGAUAUCGUCCGUAACGAUGAUGCAAAGCAAAGCAAACUCGAAGCAUCAUUCAAACAAUGAAGGGACUCUUCAGUACGACAUUGGGAACAUGAUACUAUCCAUUGUUAAUAACAAACAGUUUAGCGAACUAUCCAAGGAAUUUCGACAUGAAAUCAUUGUCGCUAUGGGGAAUUUAUUGAUGAGUAAAUGGGCAUCCCUUAAUCCCCAAACUUCUUUUGCCUCUAAAAGUGACACAAGAACCUUGAAUGAUAGUGAAAAAUGUUCGCCAAUUUUUUCCGCAUCUACACUUUCUGAAACAAAGUUCUCAUUAACAUGGGAUAGCAAGAGUUUGAUAAUUCAGCUUUUGGAAAAUAAUCCUGUGACACCAAAAGAAAAACUCGAACUUUAUCCUCCAGUUGAUGGAAUUUCACGGGUUGAUAUAGAAAUCAGAAAAGAACGAUAUAGGGGUACCACGGGACGACUUAUGGGGACAGUGCCUCAGAUUCCGCCACCAUCGUCUAUACAGAAGAAUUUACACUGGACUAAAGAAAAAUAUACUUCAGAAGAAAACGUAAUUGAGGAUUGCCGUGAACAAAUUAUCAAUUGCAUAAACUCUAAUCCAAUAACAAUAAUCUCAGGACCUCCUGGAAUUGGAAAAACUACUUAUUUGCCUCAGAUUUUAGUAGAUGAGUGCUACAUGCAAAGUCAUCGUUGUCGUAUAAUAUGCUCCCAACCAUAUCGUCUGUAUGCCCAUAUUAAUGCUGAUCGUUUAGCACAAAUACGAGGAGAAACAACUGGUCAAACAGUCGGGUAUCAAAUUCGACUGGAAUCUAAGGUUUCUCCUAAAACUUUGUUGACGUUUUGUACACAUGGAGUGCUACUGAGGACAAUAUGUGCAGAUUCAAGAAUUAUGGCUGGUACCACACAUAUCAUAGUAGAUGAAAUAGAAGAUAACGAAAUACCGGAAAACUUACAUUUAACAAAACUGCAAAACACUGACGCUAAACUAAUGAUGUCUACAGACAGUAAUGGUGAAACAGAUAAAUCAUGGCGUGCUGAUAAUCCAGAUGUAGGCUAUGGGAUUUUGUUGGCAAUUAUACCUUCUCUUUUGACUCAGUACCAGCAUUUAAAAGUGAUUCUCGUUGUUAAUUCUCGCAUGUAUACGCACGAUUUUUGUCACAAAAACAUACUUAGUGAGAUCAGAAAUCCAAUGAAUUUGAUAAACGCUCCAAACUCUGUUCCGAUAACCCACUGUGAAAUUCAGAAUACUACUGCACAACACAAAUAUGAGAUUUCAUCUAUAAAUUUUAAAGGUCAAGCACGACAGAAGUUCAAUUUAAUUGAUAAUGGCUUCGACAAACUCACUUCAGUUUCAUCACAUUCAAUAGAUAAUAACCCUUCUCCUGAUUUUACAGAAAAGGAUAGACCACCGAUCGCAAAAAUACAGAAUAAUAUAUCAUCUGAAAAUGUAGUCUAUAAACCAUUACAGGGUUUUAUACCGUACCGUGCAAAACAAGUAAGAGUUUAUCAUCUAGAAGAUAUUUUAGAAUGGACUGAUUAUUCAACGUCACGAAUGAAUGAAGCAUUAGCGUGUAUGGACCAAGAUGUUGUACGCUGUCGUAAUAUGUAUUUUUGGCUUACAACUAAGGAAUUUGAUAAAUAUAUUCCAUGUGAGUAUCACAUUAUUACAACUGACGAUGCAAAUACAGUCAGUAUGGUUGAAGAUAAAACAUUCAAUACAUCCGUGUCUAAUGCCGUACCAAAGAAACCUCCAGUGCUUCCUGAAGUUCAUGCUGUAUCAUAUUUGAAAUAUGAUCAAAUAUUGAAUCAAACAGACGACUGUGCAGAGGUUUAUUCAACAGAUUUUGCAAACAAACACGCAAAUAACUUACUAUGGAGUAUUUGGCUUCAUACAGUUCUUGACCUCAAUAGAAACGAAUUAAAUAAACAACAUAUGAAGAAAAUAAAUGAAAUGGAAUUCACUGAGGUGAAAAAUUCAUGUCUGACAAAUUUACUUCAGUGUAUUCUAGCUGGCUGGAUUUCUGUUGAUUACGAACACUCGAAUUCUGGAUUGACUCCAAUGAUGGUGUGUUCUGCUGGUGGUCUCCUAGAGGCUGUUAAAUGUCUAUUGAAUCAUGGAGCUGAUCCAUUUCUGCGUGUGGCUAUGCCUUACGAACCUUUAAUUGGACUAGCUCGUAAGCAAUGUGAAGAUUUUAAACUUUUUGGUCCAAAGAAUCGAAAAAUCUCAAUCAAAGAUGAAAAUUACACUACCGUAGGAGUUACAGCUUAUGAUUUAGCUUGUAUAUUCGAUAACAACGAAGUUGCAAACUUACUGAAAACAUAUAUGAUUAAUUCAAGCCUUCGAUACGAGCCUGAAAAUUGGGAGGCUAUACUUCUAAGAUUUGGAUCUUGGUUUCAAAGUCCGAUAGGCAGAUCACAAUUUGAUAAUUGUACUUUCAACGAUCACCAACCAUUCGCAACUGAUUUAGAUAGUUUUGGAGAAACAAAAGUAUUAACGAAUUCCCUGAAUUUCCGUUACAAAUUACUUUCAUCCUAUCAAUCAGCUAGAAACAAUAUGGAGCCAGAAACGGUAGUGGAUUAUGAUCUUCUAACGGCAUUAAUUGUGAAAAUCGACAGUUCGUUACCAAGAGGUGUAAUAUUAAUAUUUCUACCAUCAUAUGAAGAGAUUAUAACACUACGAGGACGAUUACUGGAUCCUGACACUUCUCCAUGGAAAUCGUCAGAAAAUCCCUUAAUAUUUAUUAUUCACCCUCGAAUGCUUGUUGCUGAUUUGAAAAUUAUAUAUGCUCAGUCUUCACGUUCGCACCGUAAAUUACCACGAUGCACAGACUGUCUUAACUCUUUAAUAAAUGCCUUUUAUCCUACAAACAGAGUUGGAAAAAACACAAACGGAGUGUGUUUUCGUUUGUACAGUAGUUUACGCUACAGUUUUCUUUCUGAACAAAGACAUGGAAGUCUAAGUGGACAUGUUGUUGAAAUGUGUAUUCAAGCCCGACUACUUGCAUCAUCAAACAUUUCCUUACAAACAGUACUGAGUGCAUUGCCGAAACCACCUUCACUUAAAUCUUCUGAAAAGGCCAUUGAAACUCUAAAAGAAAUGGAUAUAUUGGACACUUUUGAAGAAUUAACUGAAUUGGGUUAUCAUAUUUGUGACAUGCCUAUACCACCUCGUUAUGCUAAAAUGGUUCUAUUCAGCGUUGUAUUAAAAUGCCUUGAUCCAAUUCUUACAAUUGCAUGCAUACUGUCGUACACGGAGCCAUUUACACUACCUAGAAAUGCGGCUGAACGACGAGAUUUGAUGAAUGUUCGAAGAGGUUUAUCAUCAAACAGUUAUAGUGACCAUAUGGUAUUAUUAAGAGCUUUCCAGUUUUGGCAAAAAUCUCGCUCAGAAGGAUGGGAGAAGGCGUUUUGUCAAGAACAUUUUAUAUCUACAGCAACUUUUGAAAUUAUUAUCGCUAUUCGAACUCAACUACUUGGGCAAAUUAGAGCUUCUGGCUUCGUAAAAACGAAAGGAAGUGGAGAUAUUCGAGACCUUAACAGCAAUUCGGAAAAUUGGGCUGUUGUCAAAGCUGCAAUUGUAGCUGGUAUGUAUGGAAAUUUAGCUCAAGUAGAUAGGAAGAAUUCGUGUUUGAGAAUAGUAAAUGGAAAUUCAUCGCCAAUGUGUUUCAUAAAAACGAAGGCAGAUCUAGAAAGAUCUGAAAACGUGCUUACUUUAACUGAUCCAAAGUUACACGCCUCUCCGGAAUCUAGCAAUGCAGAUCACAUGGCGUUAAAGAAACUAAAGGUCAUACGAUGUGUAAGUAUCGUUUCACCAAUUACUGUAGCGCUAAUGGGCGGAUCGAUUAGAGUAUGUCCACAGAUAGAAAAAGAAACCCAUUCGAUUGCAAAUGACCUGAAUCUUAAAACAUCUUUGGAAGAACUACAAAGGCAGGAGUGCAAAAACUCAGUUCACAAACAAGAAGUCUGUAGUGGUAUAGGUAACAAAAAUGAAGAUAAUGCCGGCAAAGCUUGCAUGAAUCCAAAAGACAGAUUGGAAAAUGAUUUAAACUCUAAUUCUGUUUCAGAAAUCAAUAUGAUUGCCACAUCGCUUUUGGAAAACAAUGGACAAUCGCUAUACAUCCAACAAAAAACAAUCAAGCAAAAUCCAUGCAGUAUGUUGUCUGACUCGGAUACGACAAGAAGUUCUAGUUUUAAAAGCUCGGAACUAGAUGAUUCUGCUCUAAAAAUGUUAAAACAUUUUAAUUCUUUGCAUAACUCAGACUGUUCCGAUAAUGUAAAAUCACUGUCUUCACAAAAACAGACUAAACUUAGUCAUCCGUCAGUAGAACAACCGAAUAUAGAGUCUUCAUUAUCAACAAUAGACCAGAAAAAUAAUGUCGUAUCAUUUCAUUUAGAUCCAUAUAAAUUUCUUCGAUUCACCGUAAAUUCAAAUGAAGCAUUAAUGGUGACAGAAUUAAGACAAAAAUGGCAUGCUUUGUUUCUGCGUCGUUUGAAAAAUCCAGGGAAACAACGUUCACAACAAGAUGAGGCAGUUUUAAAGUGUUUGGUCAAUGUUUUGACCAAUGAAGAAAAGGCACUAGGAUUACGUCAACCAUUCGGUGUUGGGGCACGUCCUCGUCCUAUGACAGUAGAACUUUAUAAUCGGGUUGAUGACGAUCCUAAAGAUAUGAAAGUAAUUAGUGAACAGCCUGUGAGUAAUAGAUAUGGAUCGAUUGUUUUUACCACUGCAGAAAAUAACAUCACUAUUCCUAUAUUUUUAUCAAACACGAGCUCGGUACAACAAAACAAUUUUAGAUAUAAUUAUUCCUCAAUCACAAAUCCAAAACUAACACAAGUUUUAAGUACCAAUAAUUUCAACAAACCCCGCGAACAGUAUUCGUUUCAAGCUUACAAAGACGAUAACAAUACAAGUGUGUACAAUCCAAUCAAACAAAUAAACAGUUCAAGCACAGAAAUAUGGAAAUAUCAUCUCCCUUCAAAUACAACUGACGACAUUGAUUCCAUGUCAGUCUACCAACCGUGUAAAGUUAAUAUUUCAUUAUCAAAAGGCAAGGACAAUUUAACAAUCAGUGAUAUGAUUAAAGAUUUUUCAGAAACGCAUAUUAACAUUCAAAACUUUAAAUGGGAUUCGUUACCUAAUUUAAAACGAUUGGAUGUAAUGGAAAAUAAAAAACACCAAAGCAGUGAAUACGAAAUUCUAAGAAGUAAAAUACGUCAUCUUCCGACCACAUCUGAAGGUAAAAACAGUCCAGGUACUCUGUAUGGUCCUCAUCCUCUAAAUACUGUAACUAAUCAUUUUGAUGUUACCUAUCCAACUGCUAAUCAUAAUAACAUAACAAUAGGAAAUGAUAUUGUUUUUCGUGACAUCAAUGAUAUAAUCUAUGCAUUAUUAAAUGAUGAUACAAACAAAAAUUAUAACUGA